ACUCAGGUGUCAUCAUGAAAACAACUUCUCUCCAGGACUUCAUGAUGAAGAUAUUUUUAACUAGUUUGCUGUUUGCUAAAACUACCCUGGGAGAGCAUCGUCUCACCUGUCCUCAGACCAAAGAGGCAGCAGAAGGAGAUGAUGUCAUUAUACGGUGUGGUCUGGACCCCCCCGUCGACUUGUCUGACUACACGCUGGAUGUGGCGAGACUCGACCUCGGCAGCUAUGGUGAUGUCUAUUCUUAUCGAAAUGGAAAGGACCAACAGGAUGACCAGAUGGAUCGAUACAGAGACAGAACAACUCUGAUCCAUGAAGACCUGAUCAGAGGCAUCGUGACUCUGAAGAUCUCCUCAGUAACUCUGUCUGAUAGUGGUCCAUACAAAGUCUACGUCCCAGACCUGACAGCCAGUUUCAUCGUUAACAUCACUGUUGUUUCCAAAGACCAAGCGAACAGGACAAAGAGAAAUGAUUUCAGCACAUCUGGACCUCCAGUGGGAGAAGAGAGCGAGUCAGAGCAUCGGGAUGGUGAGAACAGGAAGACUGCCCGUGCUGUUAUCCUUCCCUCUCUUCUCCUCCUCGGGACUCUCCUGGUUCUGGUUCUGAUGAGAGGAGAGAUCAAGAGUUGCAUCGAGAGGCUCAGAGGAAGGAAGGAGCAAGAACCAGAGAGAGCAGGGAAUGGAUGUGAAAUGAAAAACCUGAACAUGGAAGCAGCAAAAGGAGAUGAAGACCUGGAGAGAGCUGCAGGAAAUGGAAACGUCUUACUGUAGGAAACCUCGUCUGAGUGCUUGAAUUCAAUUUUAUUUAAAGUAUCAAAUCAUAACAAGAGUUAUCUCAGGACAUUUUACAGAUAGAGUAGGUCUAGACCACACUCUAUAAUUUACAAAGACCCAGCAAUACGAGUAAUUCCCCCAAGACCCAACAAUGUCAGAUGCAGUAUUAGAAUAGAUGCAGAUGAAGGUAUUACACAACUCAGACACAACCUGGAUCAUAAUAAGGAGUCCUUUUGGUCCUGAUUCAGUAUUAGAAAAGGAUCUUUACAUAAAUCUUCUGAGCUGGUCAACAAUAAGCCCCCGAACAAAAUCAUAUUAACAACAUCCAGGAUGGUUUAUUACACGGCUGCUCACUAAAGAAAUCAAACAUUUUACACAUUUUACACAAAUAUUGAUUUAAAGGCCGAGCUGCAGAGUUCAUUUUACAACAAAUUUGCGCAACUUGCUUGUUGGUAAAUAAAUGUAAACAGUUUUCCGUUGUAUUUGAUGUUGUUGGCUAUCACAAAACAGAAUAUAAUAUGAAAAAGUAGGUACUAUUUUACAGAGGUUUGCUAUGAUUCUCCUUUC